AUGAAAGCCAACAUCGCCUCGGUGGCUGCGGCCAUCACCAUGGGCGCCUCCGUCGCCAUGGCCGCCCCGCAGAAGAUGGCCCGUGACAGCGUGACGCCCAUCACCGUCAAGGGCAACGCCUUCUUCCAGGGCGACCAGCGUUUCUACAUCCGCGGUGUCGACUACCAGCCCGGCGGUUCGUCCAACCUGGACGACCCGCUGGCCGAGCCCUCGACCUGCAAGCGCGACAUCGAGAAGUUCAAGGACCUGGGCCUCAACACCAUCCGCGUGUACUCGGUCGACAACUCCCAGGACCACGAUGAGUGCAUGAACGCCUUGGCCGACGCGGGCAUCUACGUCGUGCUGGACGUCAACACCCCCAAGUACUCCCUGAACCGGGCCGACCCCCAGUCCUCGUACAACGACGUGUAUCUGCAGAACGUCUUCGCGACCGUCGAGAUGUUCGCCAAGUACCCCAACACGCUGGCCUUCUUCUCCGGCAACGAGGUCAUCAACGACGGUCCUUCCUCCAAGGCGGCUCCGUACGUGAAGGCUGUCACUCGUGACAUUCGCCAGUACAUUCGUGCCCGCAAGCUUCGCGAGAUCCCGGUCGGAUACUCUGCGGCCGAUGUCGACACCAACCGCCUGCAAAUGGCCGAGUACAUGAACUGCGGGCCCGAUGAGGUGCGCAGCGACUUCUUCGCCUUCAACGACUACUCCUGGUGUGACCCGUCCUCCUUCACCCAGUCGGGCUGGGACCAGAAGGUGAAGAUGUUCAGCGGCUACGGCAUCCCGCUGUUCCUGUCCGAGUAUGGCUGCAACACGAACAAGCGUGAGUUCCAGGAGGUCGCCUCGCUCUACUCGACCGACAUGACUCCCGUGUACUCGGGCGGUCUGGUGUACGAGUACUCGGAGGAGGGAAGCAACUACGGUCUGGUGAAGAUCAACGGCAACAACGUCGAGGAGAAGCCCGACUACCAGGCGCUGAAGACGGCUCUCGCCAAGACCCCCAACCCGCAGGGCGACGGCGGCUACAACCAGACCGGUGGUGCCAGCGCUUGCCCGCCUGCUCAGCCUCCCAACUGGGCCGUCAGCAACGACGAUAUUCCUGCCAUGCCGGAGCCGGCCAAGAAGUACUUCACCCAGGGUGCCGGCAAGGGUCCUGGCUUCUCGGGCCCGGGCAGCCAGAACGCGGGCACGCCGUCCUCUGGCAUGGCGCCGGCCGGCUCUGGCACGAUCGUCGACACCUCUUCUGGCUCGAGCUCGACCAGCUCCAGCACUCCGUCGAAGGCAGCCGCUGCGGGACUGCGUGUGCCUGAGAUGACGCUGGUUCCGCUGUACUGCAGCCUGGCGGUGGUGCUGUCGUCGUUCUUUGGGGCGUCGCUGGUGAUGUUCUAA